CUACGCAAUCGGCUGCCCUGAUUAUUCUGAUCGAUUAGCCUACAUGGAGCAGGAAUCUCUUCUGUCGUUCACCCGAUUUGAACCAAUUCGCCUUCUUCACCGAACCUGCUGGAGUUCUUUGUCACAUGUUUGAUUCUAUCUUCACUAACAACCCAUCUGAUUUACGCAGUGAUAACGCAACAGGCGCAGAAAAGGGUUCCCGAAUAACGACUAUCAACACUCUACCCCUUCGUUUUGAAGUGUGUCGCACUUCUGGACACUUUCGGAGGACGUGUCCCCAUCAACCGUCUUUUGUCUCCUGAUGGUUCCGUAAUGUUCACCUUAUUCUCUCCAGCUGAAGCCUAAAUUUGGAGCGUCCAGACCUCCCGGGAUCAUGGACCUCAAGUCGGAGCUCCUGAAGUCUAUAUGGCAUGCCUUCACAUCGCUGGAUGUGGAAAAGUGUGGCAAAGUGUCCAAAUCGCAGUUAAAGGUGCUGUCCCACAACCUGCACACGGUGCUGAACCUCCCCCACGACCCCGUGGCACUGGAGGAACACUUCAGGGACGACGACGACGGGCCCGUGUCCAAGCAGGGCUACAUGCCCUACCUCAACACCUACAUCCUGGACAAGGUCAAAGAAGGAACAUUCGACAAGGAGAAGUUUGACGACGUGUGCUGGAUGAUGACGAGGAAGAAGAACUACCUGACGCUGCCACAGGGGUCGCUGUUGUCCGAGAACGACAGCUUCAAGCUCUUCUGCCUGUUCAACCUGCUGUCUGAAGACCGCUACCCCCUGCUCAUGGUGGCGGAGGAGGCGGAGUACCUGGUGAAGAAGUUCUCGGUGGCGAUGAGCCAGGAGUGGGACAGCCGGCCGCUGGAGGACCUGCUGUCCCAGGAUGCAUCAGCGCGGGAGGAGGGCCUGUCUGUGUGGCGGUUCCUGGAGCACCUGGGGGCCGGACACAUGCUCCGGGUCCCCAGCGGCGAGGCCUUCAGCCUGGCCCUCAACGAGGUCUUCCUGGAGAUGUACCACGGCGUGCUGAAGAUGGGCUACAUGUGGAAGAAGGGCCACAUGCGGAGGAACUGGACGGAGCGUUGGUUCGUGCUGAAGCCCUCCUCCAUGACCUACUACGUCAGCGAGCAGCUGAAGGACCAGCGAGGAGCGAUCCAGCUGGACAAGACGUGUGUGGUGGAGGCCCUCCCAGACCGCGAUGGGAAGCGAUGUCUUCUCUGUGUGAAGACCCUGAAUAAAUCCUACGAGAUGAGCGCCUCGGACCAGCGGCACAAAGUAGAGUGGAUCCAAGCCCUGCAGACAGCCCUCCGUCUGCUAGGGGAGGGGAAGUCUUCUCUGCACAAGGAGCUGAAGCUGAAGAGGCGGGUCCAGAGAGAGCGCAGCCAACGGGGACGUAACCUCAGCACCUGCAGCAACAGCAGCAACCUCAGCCAAUCAGAUGACGGUUACCAGGAGACGGACGAGGAUAGGGAGCGACACAACCAACAGAUAGACAGCAUCAUCCAGCUGGCACGUGAGCAGGAGAAUCGCAGAAGAGAUGCGGAGGAGGAGGAGAGGAGCCGGCAGCAGGAGGUGCAGAGGGAGCUGGAGAGACAGCUGAAGGAGGCGCAGAUGAUGAGGGACAGCAUGCAGCUGGAGAUGGAGCAGAAGGAGCAGGAGGCGCAGCAGCAGAGGAGGCGGAUCGAGGAGCUGGAGGAGACGCAGCGGAGGCUGGAGGCCGCGCUGCAGGAGGAGAUCCAGGCCGACCGCGAGGAGGAGGGGGCCAGGGAGGAGCUUCAGAGGUUCCUAGAGGCAGAAGAGGAGAAAUCCCGCCAGUGCCAGCUCCUGCAGGAGCAGCAGCGAGCCCAACGGGCUCUCCCGCCCGCAGAGGAGGUGCCAGGAGGCGGGGGGGAGGACGAGGAGGAGGUGAAGGAGGAGGAGGAGAGGGAGGAGGAGGAGGUGGUGGAGGAGAGGGAGGAGGAGCCUAGCCCCUCCUCCGCCCUGGACUGUGCCGCCCAGGAGCUCCAAGACCUGAGGGAGUCGCGCCAGAGAAGCCGCAAGCACCUGGAGGAGGUCCAGGAGAAGUUGAGGAAUGCGAGCCAACACGUCCGCCACUGGAACGUGCAGCUCAACCGGCUCAUGACUCCCAUCACCCCUGGAGAUCGGACCGAACAUCGCAAGACAACAAAGCAGAACAUGUGUCCCAAGAAGGAGGGCGCGCUGGCCAGCACAGAGUUCAUCUCCAAGUACAAGAGCAGGGCCGGCAGUCCGCCCCCAGAGCCCCAGGGAUUGGACAAACACACGGACACAGUCAGCAAAUCAGAGGGCUCGGAUGACACUGCUAAGGGUCAAAGCUGAGAGGAUGGAGGAUGAUUAAAUUAUGAAUACAGAAAAACCCACAGAAAUGAUCAACGCAUUACAUGUUUAUUUAAUUAAGAACAUGGAAUAAAUAGAGCAAUAAGCAUAAUAAAACGAAACGGUAUAAAUGUGA